UCGCUGCUUACAAAGAGGAGUAUAUACAAAUACCAAUCCACCCCUCCUCUCCUCCUCCUCCUUUUUCCUCCCCCUUCCGAAACGACGAAAAGCAACCGCCGAGGCGGAAGCGGGGAGAGGAGAAUUCGCCGCCGCCGCCCCCCGAUCGGUGGAAGAACAACUAACAACUAGAUUGAUCCAUCCCUGCGCCGCCGCCUCCGCCUGCCGUGGGGGCUCUCUCCGCUGUGGAUGAUAGGGAGGCUCGACGAUGGGAGGGAAGAAGGCCAAGACGGUUGAGAGGAAUGACCACCGCCUGCUCUGCAGUGACGUGCUCACGGAGGUCUUCCACAGGCUGCCGGCGCGCACCCUCGCGUCGUGCAGGCUUGUCUGCAAGUCAUGGAUGUCGGAGCUCACCGAUCCCCAUUUCGUCCACGAGCACCUCAAGAGGAGCCAGCAGAAGCUCCUGCUCUUUGCGAACGACAAGGCGAACGAUAGGUCCCUCGCGAUGGUGCUCGCCGACGACACGGGGGCUACCUACCAGCUGACCAGGCCCAUGGCUUCGAGGAGCCUCUUUGUGCACAAUUCUUGCAAUGGCCUGCUCUGCCUAGGUGACAGCACAGGAGCCGUGCAGUUGCUCAACCCGACGACCGGCGAAUCGGCUACUCUGCCGAUGCCGAUGUAUACCGCAGGGAGCAGCCAGUUCUCGUCGUGUAAUUGGCACUGCUUGGGGUUUUGCCCGUCUACGAAGGAGCACAAAGUGGUACAUUUCUACCUGGGAGCUCAUUUUGAUUCUUUCAAUGUGUGCUGCGAGAUAUUCACUAUUGGAGAUAAAUCCUGGAGACAGAUUGGGAGUUUCCAUGGAGCACCGACAGAUAGAGGGGUGCAUGUGAAUGGAGCAGUGUACUAUCUGACAAAGUUCCGUUACAUUGCUUCGUCACGUAUCAAUUGUUUGAAUCUUGAGAGCGAAAAUUUUGAUGUGAUGAUGCUUCCCCCACGCAAGUCGUAUGGAGGGCAUUGCUCUUUGGCGGAGCUUGAGGGAAAGCUAUGCUUGCUAGUUGUGGAGGGUGGACAUGAUAAUCCACCUCGUACAAUGGACAUAUUGAUGCUUGAUAGUGGUGAUAAGACAACCUGGACGCACAGAUACCACAUCUCAUUGCCAUGGUUGAUGCCUUCAUGUUAUUUUACUCCAAAACACACUUUGUUCCAUGAGGGAAAAAUUUGGGUUCAGUUGUUGGCUCGGAACCUCUACUGUUAUGAUCCAAGUUCAAGCUCCACUGAACUGAAGAUGGCAUGUCCAGAAUCUGAGUUUCCUUUUAGCACACAUACUUUCAUUGAAAGCAUAGUUCCUCUGCGCAAAGAUUACUUCAUCAAGCAGAUACAGUGAUAAUGGUGUUCAUCACUUGUUUUCCAGAUGUUCCGCAGUUCACAGAAUUACAAAAUUGUGCCCCUUUUUCCUUUUCCGUUGAUGAAUUUUAGCUGGUCAAUGACUUAGAGUGGCCUAUUUUACCGUGAAUUGUAAUUAGCUAAAAUAAAUGCAGUAUUGAAACCUCCUUACAGCACAUGCUUGUCUGACUUCUAAUUGAUGUGCUUGUUUCUAACUUCCUAUUAUGAUGCUAAAUUGAUAUGACGAGUUGAGAAAGAGAGGUUGUUCAGUUU